UUUCCUCUGGCAUUCAAAAAAGAGACCGACGACAGGGUGCAGAGAGAGUCCCUUCUCGAAGGUAAAAGUUGAGGGCCAUGGCUCGCGGGCAGCAGAAGAUUCAGUCCCAGCAGAAGAACGCCAAAAAGGCAGCAGAGAAGAAGAAAAGUCAAGGUGCUGACCAGAAGACUGCAGCCAAGGCUGCUCUGGUUCACACCUGCCCUGUUUGUCGAACACAAAUGCCUGACCCAAAGACGUUCAAGCAGCACUUUGAGAGCAAACACCCCAAAUCCCAGAUGCCUCCUGAGCUGGCGGAUGUUCAGGCUUAAGGCUCUGCCGACUGGAGUGAACCUGAACCUCAUCCUGGAUACACAAUGACCACGCGCUAAACGUUGAAACAUGGAUGAAGGAUGUUGAUGACGAACACUGGGACAAAUCAGUAUUUAUGGACAACGGGUCGGACUGGGCAGGGGUGGGGUGUGUAUGUGCUGUGUACGUAUGUGUGUAUGUGUAAGAGAUAACAAUAACAAAGAGGCAGAAGUACACCAGCACCCAUUUUUAUAUUUAUUCUGUAAAACUACCUUACUAUUCCACAUUGGUAAAGGGGGGACCAGCUAGAUGACCUGCUGACACUGAACAAAACAACAAUUCGCUACUAAAGUUAUGAAGUCUGAAAAACAAAUAUGAAAACAAUGAAAUGAAUCCACUUUAAAAAGUUUGGCUAUUUAACAGACUGUUGAACUUGCAGAGAUAAAUGACACUUUGAGCAUAAGUUGCUUAACCCUUUACCUACUGAGUUUAAAAUGGCGGUUUGGACAUACGUUGUUAUUAUGGCUGGAAGUUUUAAAGUUUUGGUCCCUUUUUUCCCAGGAGUACUUGAACUUGACUUUUCAACAUCUGGUUACUGAUGAUUGCACAUUAUAUGGAAUUGUCAGCAGUUUAAAAGAAGAACCAUAAAAAACUGGU